AGCUGUAAAUACUGAAUUUUGUUAUUGAUUACAUAUUUAUCUACUUCAGGCUUAGAAAUACUACCAACAGAAUUGCAGCGGAAUUUUAAUUUAAUGAGAGAUUUAGAUCAGCGUUCACAAGAUGUCAUGCGAAAUAUUGAUCAGAUCUCUGAUGAAUACCUGAGUACAGUAAAAGGCCUGAGUCCUGAGAAGCGGUCAGAGCAGAUGAGCAAGAUCCAGAAAAUGUUUAAUCGAGCGAAGGAAUACAGUGAUGAUAAAGUUCAGCUAGCUAUUCAGACGUAUGAAUUAGUCGACAAACACAUACGUAGAUUAGACUCGGACCUUGCAAAGUUUGAAGCGGAAAUUAAGGAGAAAGCUCUCAAUAAUAAUAAAAAAGAAGAGGAAACAAACAGUAAGAAAAAGGGAAGAAAGAAAAAAGAAGAAAAGGGUAAAAAUAAGAGGAAAGGCGGGAACCUGUCUGAUGAAGAAGAACAAGCGCCAAAAACAGGACGCAAGAAACAAAAGAAAAAACUUGAAACAGAUUCUGCAAUUGCAUCUGUUCUUCCUGGCUUGUCAAUUGCACAUCCUUCUGAUGUUUUGGAUAUGCCAGUAGAUCCUAAUGAACCUACAUACUGCUUAUGCCAUCAGGUAUCCUAUGGGGAGAUGAUUGCCUGUGAUAAAAUGGAUUGUCCCAUCGAGUGGUUCCAUUUUGCCUGUGUGGGCUUGACUACAAAACCAAAGGGAAAGUGGUACUGUCCAAAGUGCUCAACAGAAAGAAAGAAGAAGUAAUAUUAUAUAUAUUAUUUGUAUGAUGUUCUAUUUUUUCAGAGAAUAUUUGAUUAAUGUUAUUUGUUACAUAGGUAUAUAGCUGGUGAGGAUUAUAUAUGAAUUAUGAACAAAAUACAAAAAUUUUGUUAGAAUAGACUUUUUUUUUAUUAUAAUGUGCUGAAAGUAUCUCAUGAAAUUUUUUUUUUUUUUUACUAUUCUAUUCCUUUUGUACAGCAUGUUUACAUAUACAGUGGACCCCCGCAUAGCGACCUUAAUCCGUGCAAGAGGGCUGGUUGUUAUGCGAAAUGUUCGGUAUGCGAAUGAAUUUUCCCCAUAAGAAAUAAUGGAAAUCAAAUUAAUCCGUGCAAGACACCCAAAAGUAUGAAAAAAAAAUUUUUACCACAUGAAAUAUACAUUUUCCUACACACAAAGAGAAGGAUACAUGCACAAUAGUAGAG